AUGGAGAUUCAUAACCGACCCGAUGAAUGGAAAAUCGAACAAGGUUUGGCCGGUGCUAAGCUGCCGUUUCUGGAUCAGACCGGGCUUGAACACGUCUUUCACCACCCCAGGGAAUGGCCCGAAUUGACCAAGGAUCAAGCAGCCAUCGAUGCCGUAGGAAACCGCGAUGAGCUGUUUACACGGGAGCUCGAAGGCUGGAGAGGCUACGUGGAAUGGGAAAAAUAUCCAGAAAAGAAGGAAAGGGCGCGUAAUAUUCUGGCUUCUCAGGUCUUUCCACCCAACCCGGAGUUCCAGAUGGGACCCAUUCCUGAUACAAAUCCCGUGCUCCCUGGCACGCACUGGAAGAUGUGGCACCACGCAGUUGGUGGUGAGCUCACUGAUGUCCCUGAAGACUCCUGGAGCACGGUUCUUCGUGAGAAACAUCCAGAGAUGCUGCAUCUACUGCAAUUCCCAUACAAUGGAGAGCCUCCCAAGAGACUGGUGACUGACAAAGCCGUGACGCCGAAUUCGCUUCACUUUGUGCGAAACCAUGGCGGCAUUCCAUUGAUCGACAAAGACAAAUGGAAGCUAGAUCUAGACGGGCUAGUCAAGAACCCACGCACAUUCACGUUCGACGAGCUUACAGAUGAGUCUAAAUUUCCUCGCAUGGAAAAGAUGGCUACGAUGCAAUGCUCUGGAACGAGACGAAUUGAGCAAAUCUCUCUCUAUGCAGGCCAGGGAGAUGAGGUCCCCCAAGCCCCGUGGGCCGAGGGCGCCAUAGGAACAGCGAAGUAUCUCGGGAUCAACCUGAAGGAUGUUGUUGAAGCCUGUGGUGGCCUCGUCAAACCAGCCAAACAUCUCGAGUUCUACGGUGCCGAGACCUACUUCAAGGAUAACGAAGGCAAGUAA